AGUUUUUAACUAGCCAAAAAAAUUACUCAAAUAUUCAGAACAAGAGCAUUGAAUAUUAUGAUUAAUUAUUUCAAAAUAACAAUGUUGCUAGGGAGUUGUUUUAUCAAUAACUUGCUGUCAAAUUGUGUAUAGAUUUAAUUCUCCUCAAGUUAGCUGUUAAAAAUGUUUUGGGGUUUAACACCAGCACUAGAUUUUCAGUCUAUUUAUACAAAAAGAGAUGGGGGCAAACUCAAUUUUCUCGUUGUUGGAGGAUCGGAUUGUAGACACAUUUUGAAGACUAUUGCAAGAAGGUAUAGGCAUCAGGAUGUACAGUUGAACUUUUUCAUAAUGGAGGGAUGCAUGGAACUUGUAGCCAGAGAAUUGUUACUGUUAUUGCUUGCUUUCAUGCCUCAGAAAGAACUGGGAGAAGUUCAGAAAACUAGAAUCUUCAUGGAAAUUUACGGCAAUACUUUAGUGAGACCGUACGUUGGGAAAUUCUUGGCAACGACUGCCAAAGAAAUGUUGUCAGCUAUAACCGAUUACGAUUAUCUAAGGAAAUUGAUGCCUUUUGUCAGUGUUGAUGUGAAAUAUAAGGAGAGAGAUUGUUUGGAGAAUUUGAUGAAGUUUUGGUGCAGUUUGGACGAUUUUGAUAUAAUUCAUAGUUGGGACAGCAGAGUUCGUAAAAUGCUCGGUAUAAGAUACGACGCAAAAUUCGGAGCCUUCGACUGGGACCUCCACAUGCGUUUUCACUCAGUUGGCGGCAAGCAGGUAGGAUCUCAAGAAUACAAGAGUUUCAGGAACAACGGCGUCUCCUUCUCCUGGUUGGAAUCCGAAGUGUCCAAGCCUAACAGAUCCCUAAUCUGCGUAACCGUGCCCAACGGCGAAAGAUUCAUCCAUUACGGUUACCUUGGCGACAUCCAAACUGGACCUUUCGUAACCUUUGGUCUAGAAUGCGAAGAAGAGGACUUCCUCAAGUCCACCAACGGCCAGAACAAAUACAGAGCCACCGACAUCACCGAGAGAAACCUCAGACAGAUAUUCCACGAGAUUGAGUUUGGUCAGGAGUACCAACAUUGUUCUUUGAACGACUACCUCAUGGGCACCUUGAGGAUUCAGGAGGUAGAACAGAUGAUGGACGUUAGUGCCGAUCAGAUCAUAGCCAGACCGAAGAACUAUUCAUCAAUCGAAGCGAGUAACAUUACCAUCAAUUUCUUGUCCAUCUCCCAGCUCAAACAGAUGUCUUAUAAGGAUGAUUACAAGGAGUUCUUCCAUUUGAUUUAUUUUAGCAGUACGCACUUCUUGCAGUUCUUCGAGAAGGAGACGAUGGAGAAGGUUGCUAGGAAAAAUGCCGUUCUUCUGGUGGAAAAUCAGAGAUACGUGUUGAGUUACAGGGAUAAGGAAUUGGAGGAGUAUGGCAAGAGUGUGAAGGAGAAAUUGGAGGGAAUUGAUAUUGUAGACAGUAAAUUUGACUGUCUGAAGGAUGACUAUUUCGAGUUUGUUCUCAAACCAAACUAGGAGAAGAUUCAUAUGGUUUGAUGUGAUAUUCGAUUACAAGUUGAUGUGGUUACUUGUGGUUUGGUGUUGAUGAAGAGAAUAAUGGUUUAAUUGGGGAAUGGUAGCAUGGAAUGUUUUGAAUUUUGAAUUAUAUUUUAUUUGGUAC